UCAAAAUUUUACUCAGCAACACUUUUUUAUUGAAAAAUCAGGACAUGCUUUGCUUAUAUUAUCAAAUCUUGUGAUCGUUAUUGUAUAUAUUUUAAUUGGUAUGUCUGUUUCACAUAUUUGGCUAAUUUAACUUAAAAAUUUUAAAAGCAACACAAUGUUCUCCGAUUUGGACUUAAUAAAGUUUUUACAGCAUGAUAGUGAAUUUUCACAUCGAAUUAGUUUUCGAGAGAGUCUGCGGGAUAGUCUAGAUGACCCCAAUUGCACUAUGCCGGCCAUCAUGGAGUUUCCCAACUGGAUGAGACAGAAAAGUUGGAUAUCAGCAGUAGCGUCCUUUUUUAUUAGCAUGUAUCUGUUCAUUGUUCUAGCGAUUGUUUGUGAUGACUACCUGGUGCCAGCAAUGGAGCGCUUGUGCUACAGCCUACGUUUGACAUACGAUGUGGCAGGAGCCACUUUCCUGGCGGCUGCCACCUCGGCACCAGAACUGUUCAUAAACUUUGUGGCAACCUUCAUCACACAGGGUGACAUCGGCUUGGGAACCAUAGUUGGAUCCUCCGUGUUCAAUAUCCUGGUGAUUCCGGCUAUUUGCGGCAUCCUUGCUCAACCGAACAAAUUGGAUUGGUGGCCUGUAACGAGGGACACGAUCUGGUACCUAGUGGCCAUCACGGCGCUUACAAUUGUGUUAUGGGAUUCGCUGGUCUUUUGGUAUGAGGCCGUCGGCCUUUUGCUACUGUACUGUAUUUACCUUAUUCAACUGAUCCUGGACCGCCGCAUUCAAAACUUGGUUCGCAAGGAGCACACGGAGUCGGAGCUGAUGAACGAGAACCCGAUGACCCGGGAGGAUGAGCCGCUGCAGGGAUUCAAGGAUCAAGUAUGCAGAGCACCAGAGUUGAAAUCUAAUACCUGGCAGUGGAUCUGGUGGCUGAUUAAGUACCCGGCGAAGGUUGUUCUCGCCUGCACAAUCCCAAGUGUGAGAUCCAUCUUCUUCCUGACGAUGUUGAUGGCUACAGUUUGGAUUAUAGCAUUAGCCUACCUGCUCGCCUGGUUUCUCACCGUUCUGGGAUACAAUUGCAACAUCCCUGACUCAAUCAUGGGGCUCACUUUCCUCGCCGCUGGCACAAGUAUUCCUGAGGCAGCCUCUUCAUUUAUCGUGUCUAAAAAGGGAUAUGGCUCGAUGUCUAUCUGCAAUGCAAUUGGCUCGAACACGUUUAACAUUUUUAUGUGCCUUGGUUUGCCAUGGGUGCUAAAGAACCUGAUAAGCAAGGACUCUAUCGCAAUUGAUUCCUCGGCACUGACCAUCACCAAUGGCUUGCUGGUAUUCACCGCGGUUAUCCUUUAUGGGAGCCUUCUGAUCACCAAGUUUGUAAUAGGCAAGGUCGUGGGAUGGAUCAGCCUUAUCUCCUAUGUGCUUUUCGUAAUCAUGGCCUGUGUACUGGAGAUGCUUUUGUACACAACGAUUAUGUGCGAUAUUGAGGAAUCCUAAUGAACCCAAUGAACAGGAGCAUGAAAUACAAUUUCUAUGUCAUUGUUUUUCAAGAUAAGAAUUUUGCUAAUUUUCCUUCGUAGAAGAAGUAGCUUGCAAGCAGUAGACCUAUUAAUGUGCAAGCAGUUCACGAAAAGGAAUAAGUUAAAGUUAAUCGACAACUCAAAUGUGAACGGAGAACUUGAAAACUUACGUGCGGAAAAAUUACACAUAACUUCAAAUAAAUUAACCAUAAAAGGAGUAUAUUUAACUGAAUAUUUAUGCUUUGAAAUUCUGCUUAACCAAAUUAUCCAUGCAAAUAAAUCGUGACUACUUUGUGAGGGGCAUAAAGCCUACCCAA